AGAGCCGGAGAAGGGGGAGGACCGGGCAAUCCAGGAGGCGAGCGUUUCCCCUCUCUCUUCCUGCAAGGCAGGGGAGAUGCUGGAAGCGGUUCUGAGUUCGCAGCGCCCGAGGAGGGGAGCAGGAGGCGUGUGAGCUCCUGCCGGUCCCCGCGGUGCUCCGCCGGUCCCCUACCUCGCCCGGGGCCGCUCGCUGCCCUUCACGCAGCCGGCCGCCGGCCUCCGCCACCCCUCGCUGCCGCCGGAGGAGGCUGCCCCACCACAGUGGACCAGGAUGCAGUUUCGCCUCUUCUCCUUUGCCUUGAUUAUCCUGAACUGUAUGGAUUACGGCCACUGCCAAGCCGGCCGCUGGAGACGCAGCAAAAGAGCUAUGGACCAAAUCCAAUUUGCAAAGGCUGUUUAUCUUGUUCAAAGGAUAAUGGGUGCAUCAGAUGCCAACACAAGUUAUUCUUCUUCCUACGAAGAGAAGGAAUGAGACAAUAUGGGGAAUGCUUGCAUUCCUGCCCGUCAGGGUACUAUGGACUCCGAACACCAGAUAUGAACAGAUGUUCAAGAUGCAGAAUAGAAAACUGCGACUCCUGCUUCAGCAGAGACUUUUGUACCAAAUGCAAACCUGGCUUCUACUCGCACAGAGGCCGCUGCUUCCGAGGAUGUCCCCCUGGAUUUGCAGCCUUGGAAGAGCUUAUGGAAUGUGUGGAAGGCUGUGAAGUGGGUCAGUGGAGCGAGUGGGGAACUUGCAGCAGAAAUAACAAAACAUGUGGAUUUAAGUGGGGCCUGGAAACAAGAACAAGACAAAUUGUGAAGAAACCAGCGAAAGACACGAUACCCUGCCCAACCAUUGCAGAAUCCAGACGGUGUAAAAUGGCUGUGAGGCAUUGUCCAGGAGUAUAUGGUACUGCCAAGAAAACCCAGACUGUUCUCUACUCCAGACAGCAUUUGAUCAUCUCCUUAAAUCCUACUAGAGUUGAUAUGAUUUAA